GGCCAGUAGGCCAGGGCCAGACCUUCUCUUGGCCAUGGUUUUCUAGUGAUCACUCAGGGCACAAUGCCGUUCUAGCUGGGGAAGAGGGCAGGAGGUUGGUCUUUCUAUCUGCACAGUCAGGAAUGUGAGUCAGAGCCAGGACAGCGGGCCGGUGAGGGGCAUGAUGGUCUGGUCCAUCUGGCUAAGUCUUUCCUUCUUUGGGCCCCAUGUCUGUGCCCCUCCAUGUCCCCUAGGUUACCCUUCACCUUGUGUACAGAUACACCAGACCAUGCAUCCACGCAUUUACUUUUGGUACACAUGAGCAAUCGUGCAGAGAUGUGCUCCCUGCCCACCGUGUUGGCAUCUGGGCCCAGUGAAUUGUGUGCAGGCUGCUCCCAUGCAAGUGAUGUCCUCACCAAGUGCCUGGAAAAGUGACCACAGAGGCUGAGAGUGCAGAUUCCAGAUGGGCCCUGGCCAGUAUGUGACCUCUCUGUGUCACCAUCUGCAACCACGGGGUAACCGUGGUGAUGUGCCAGUCUAAGCAGUGGGCACCUGCAGCAUUCAGGGCCAGGCUGGGGGCAGUGUCACGCUCAGGGGCUGUGUGUUUACUGUUGUUGCUGAGGACAGUGGUCUGGCAGCUGCUAAUUGUCUGUCCUGGAAGUUUGUCAGCAUAGCUUUGCUGAUCUGCAAAGCUAUAGGUGAGAUCCUUCUCUCCUCCUGCUGCUUGGCCUCCUUGUGCACAUGGCUGCCACCUUGACUGGGUCUGAGCAUGGCCUUGCCUGUUCCGCCAGUGCUGCAGACGCCUCUUCCUCUCUUUCUGUGGCCAUGAGGACACAAAUGUGGCUGCAGCUGGCCGCCUAGUGGUGCUCCCUCACCCCACCCUCUCAAGACCACUCAAUAUUCUUUCUGUUGCCCAGCCUUUUGUGGGGCCUCUGUCUUGUUUCCAACAUUCAGUUUUAUCCUGUUCAGCCUUAACUAGGCCAGCUCAUGGGUUCCCUGGAAAUCCACAAGAUGGGUUCAUGGCUGGGGACGUCUCUUCUGGACAUGUCAACCUGAGGAUACCUUAGGUGGGGGUCGUGACUGGGCUGCAUGGUCUGGGGGGGCUGGUCCUGCCUGGUGAGGUCCUGGUGAGUAUCCUAAGACAAGCCCCAGUCCUGUGUCCUGGCUCACUGUGUUCUGGGAGACUGGAAGGUGCCAGUAGCCCUGUGUGUCCUGCCUGGAGCUGGGGGCACCACCCUCUGGAGACUGAUAAUCUGGCAAACUGCCAGUUGGUAUGUGCUCAGUAAAUGUUUACAGGGGGAGCCCCUCUGGCAGAAGCGACCACAUCUGUAGGAAGAGACCCCAGGCUCUGUAGCCAGGAGCUCUUUCAGGCCUGGGUGGGAUCCUGCAUGUUUCAGGAUUUCCUGUGCUGGCCAUCACCUGCGCUGUGAGCCUCGUGUGGCCAGUGCCCCAGGGCCACCUGGUCUGAGUUGUGGGCAGCGUGGUAUCACUGUGCUGGGAAGUGUUCAACUGGCACUUCUCAGGAUCACUAAGCUGUGUCUGCAGGUAGAUCUGUGUGCCAUCUGCCAUCUGUAACCCCAUGAGUGCCCGAGUCAAAGGAACAUGUGUCUUGAGGCUUUGCAAUCCUGUGGGCACUCCCUGCUAGAAAGACUUGCUGUUUUUAUUCAACUCAUCAUGGGAGGGAGCAUGUCUGGCUCGUGUCACCAGGGCUGAGGCCUGGCUCGGGAUGUGAGGGACAUAGCCACUUGAGUCACCCUGGCCCUGCCUUUUUAACUGUGUUCCUGAUGGAAGGCUUGCUAGCAGCACAUCUCUCAGAGUCCCCUUGUAGUCAGCAGUUUGUCUGCAGCUGUGGUCACGUACCAGCAUUUGCCCAGCACCUGGAGCGCCACUGGCCUGGGGCAGGAUGGUCCCUGAGGUACAGCCAUGUCAGGGGCUACACACUCGCAUGGCUCUGCCUUUAGGAAAUGUGUUUUCCCCACAAAGCCAGAAAUCAUUUGGGCAGCCAGCCACCAGCUGAACGUUAGCCUUGUACCCCUCUGGGUGAUCCCCCACAUGCCCCUGGCCAGCUCCAGAGGGUGCCAGCGCGUAAAGCAGCAUGUGGACUGCUGGUCUGGGGGUGGGGGCCUGUGCCAGCUGGGAUGGCUGGACCUAUAGCAGGGCCCUUUCCCAGCCUUCAGGGUAGCCCGGACCUCCCAGGCCUGUCUGGCACCGCAGUCUGAGGUGGGGAGUGUGGUCUCCGCGGAGAGACACCAGGAUUGUGACUCUGCCUCCUGGGACAGUUUGGGACGCCCCAUGUACAAGGGUAGGGAGAGGGUGGGAAUCCAGUGACCUGUACUCUCUUUUAGUGAGGAUGGAGUUCACGUUUCCACAGCAGCUCACCGUGUGUCUGUGUGGACGUGACCUCCACGUGUGAGAUGUGUGCGCCCACUGCCAUCCCUGAACAUAGGUCUUGGAAGCACACCCUGCCUUUUAUUUUGGGCUUCACUCUGCGUCUUCCCAGGCUGCAGGGAGUCCCUGGUUCUUGUGGAUGCUGUCUCCAGAAGUACCGUGUCUUCUCUGGACUGUGCCCAGUGGGGCCACAUAUUGGCCUAGAGGGUUCUGGGGCAGCUCCUGCCCUGGGCAGCACAGCCAGGCCCUAGUCCUUAGGUUCCCAGGCCUGUGGGGCCAAAGCAGCCACCCCACGAUUGCCAGGUGGCUGCCCUGUAGGGCCCAGUUGUGGGCACAGUGGCAUCCUGGGGUUGGAGCUGCCAGGCCCUUGAGCUGUAGGGCACCCUGCUGGGCAUUGGCUUUGAGGAGGUGUGGCAGGUGGCCAGAGGAGCUGGCCCAAGUUUAUGGGAUCGGGCAAUGUUUGAUUUUAUUUUCAGGACUGGAGACACAGUUUGUCUUGAGAGGGGGUGUGGCAUGCUCUGUCUUCAGUGGGGAUGGGUAGAGGAUGGUGGGCCCGUGGGGCUGGAGGGAUGUGGAGGCAGUGUCAGUGGCUGCUGAGUCUAGGCUGGAGAAGGUGGGGAGGGUGGAAAGGGACUGCUGGGGGAUGGUCUGGGAUGCCUGAUGGGUGUGAGGGAGCAGGUCUAUGCUCUUCAGUCAACUGGGUUGUCGGGGAAGGGUCCUUGUGCUGUGCUAUGCGUAGGCCUUAGUCUUUCCCAGGAGGGGCUGUCCAUUGGGAGGACCCACGCCUGGCACACUGUGGCCCAGGCUACGUGGGCAGGUGCAGCCAACAGGAGGGAGGGCCUAGCAGGCAGCGGGUGAUGUGGGCAGUCAGCACGGCACCAGGAGGCCCUGGAUCAUCUGGCUGUCCCCUUUUAGCAGCCCCCCCAACCUGUCUCCAGGGAGAUUGGUGGGAGGCUGUCUGCUGUCUUUUACCUUAUUUUGAAAUAAAUUUUUAUUUUAAAAGUUUUAGAUUUACAUAAAAACCAUGGAGAGGGCACAGAGUUUGCACAUACUGCACCCCACUGCUCCUUGUGAUGUGUUGGCAAGGGGGGACACCAUGUCCCCCAAUCUGUGUUUCUUCAGACCCUGCAUUGUUGUGCUGGGAGGUGUGAGCAGCUAUGCGUUUCUGAGAAGCACUGUGCAUCCCGGGCCUUGUGCCCUCGUUCCAGAGUGUGGGGCAGAUGCGGGGUCCAUGCCCUAUGGCAUGAGGCGUGGAUGACAAUGGGGGACACGGGGGGCUGGGUCCCUGUGUGAGGCGAAGUACCCAAGGAUCUUUGGGCCUCGUGCAGAGUUGGGGCCAUAGGACUAGAUGGCAGCUGUCGGUGAGGCUGUGCCCAGCAUGGGGCAGCUUUGUGGGCUAGCUAUGGCCAGAAGAUGGUGUCCCCCCUAGGCCCUUGCGGUGCAAGUGCAGCCACUCAGCCCAGAGCACUACAUGGAGCAGGGCAGCAGCCAUGGGUCCUUCCCAGGUGUGUCUGGGUGCUAGGACCUGCUCCCUCAGAGCAGCUAGUCUGGCAAGUAUCUGCUAGUUUCACAAGUGCUGACCAGUCCCGGGUAGAGUGAAGCAAGUUGGCAAGUGCUGACCAGUCAGCCAUGUUGAUGGGUCUAGACAGGUGGAGAUUUGUGGUCUGUGUCCCAGCAGGACCGCCUGUGAGGUGCGUGCACUCACACAGUUCUCUUGUCCUUUAGUGUCUGUUUUGUGGAGGAUACAAGUGUUGGGUCAGCCCUUGUCCCCUGGUGCUGGUAUGUGGGCAGCAGGGGUGUGGGAGGCUCCAGAACACUCUGAGGGCUGGGUGGUCAGCACCCACACCCAUUUGCAGCCUCCCAGGCUGCAUUCUUGAUGGGUCUAUGCUGCCUUCACCCCAUGGCAAGGCCCUAUUGCUCCCUGUCCAUGCAUCUGGUUGUCCACACACUCUGCUCUCUGUGCUGAGCAGUGUUUUUGGCAGAAUCGAGUGACCAUUGCUGGGGCACUGCCUUUGGGGUGGCAGGGCCCAUGCAGGGACCAGGUGGGCAUUGUGGGUGAGACCCUGGGCAGCUGGUGCUCCAUUCCUCCUCUCACAGCCGUCUGGAAAUUCAAUGUCCCUGCCUGGUCUCAGCCUAGGAAGCAGCAACUUGAGUUAGAAGUUUCCAGAACCAGCAGCAGACCUGGCUCUGCAGCUCCCUGGCCUGGCCACAUGUCCUGCCUUUGGCUUCUGGUUCUUGGACUCUGGGGGUCUAGGUGGGGCAGGAGGCCACGGGGUGCUAAAGCCCCUGGAGGAGCUAUGACUGCAGGGUGAGCAUACCGCAUGUCUGCGGCCGGAGCCAGGGCCCUUGCCAGCAGCAGCUCUGGCCUUCCAGUAAGACUUUGAACCCGACGCAGGCUUCAGUGGCUGCCGUGGAUCGGAAGCCUGAGUGCUUUGGCUCGAGACAAUUAAAGACGUGGGAUGAGGCUCCAAGACAGGACGCGGUUCUGCCUGGGGAUUCUGAAGAUAAAAAGCUUUGAAAAGUCGAAUUCAUGGUCGUGGAAACCGAGCCCAUAUUAAGAAAUGUCAGCUUUGGGUGGUCAAUGCAGACCUGCUCCGUCGCCAGCAGCAUCCACUUGGGAGACUGGUGCUGCAGGAGGAAGGCAGCUGCCACAGGGGUUCAUGUUGUGCCUGGUUUGCAGAUCCUGGAGGAACAGAAACGGGCCAGGCAGUUUCUGGGGGAAGGCACCCUUGGGACUCAUCUGGGUCUGGGUGGCCACUUGGGGGCGUUUCCCUGAGGCCUUCUUGUGUAAUCUGCACAUCCAGUGUCCAUGGGAGUAUCCUUGCAGCUGGGUGGAGCACAGGGCCAGGCCUCCCAGAGCUGCCCUGAAGCCUAUGAGAGUCCCUGGCCCUCUCCCUGGAGGGCAGCUACCAUGUCUGUCCUGCAGGUGCGUCCGACCUCCGAUCAUGAAUGGGCCGCUGCACCCACGGCCCCUGGUGGCUCUACUUGACGGCCGAGACUGCACGGUGGAGAUGCCCAUCCUGAAGGACGUGGCCACUGUGGCCUUCUGUGAUGCACAGUCCACGCAGGAGAUCCACGAGAAGGUGCUGAACGAGGCCGUGGGGGCCCUGAUGUACCACACCAUCACGCUGACCCGGGAGGACCUGGAGAAGUUCAAAGCCCUGCGAAUCAUCGUGCGCAUCGGCAGUGGCUUCGACAACAUUGACAUCAAGUCUGCUGGGGACUUAGGCAUUGCUGUAUGCAAUGUGCCGGCGGCGUCUGUGGAGGAGACGGCUGAUUCGACGCUCUGCCAUAUCCUGAACCUGUACCGGAGGACCACCUGGUUGCACCAGGCGCUGCGGGAGGGCACACGGGUGCAGAGUGUCGAGCAGAUCCGUGAAGUGGCCUCUGGAGCUGCCAGGAUCCGAGGAGAGACCUUGGGCAUCAUUGGACUAGGUCGCGUGGGGCAGGCAGUGGCACUGCGGGCCAAGGCCUUCGGCUUCAACGUCCUCUUCUAUGACCCAUACCUGUCUGACGGCGUGGAGCGUGCGCUGGGGCUGCAGCGCGUGAGCACCCUGCAGGACCUGCUGUUCCAUAGCGACUGUGUUACCCUGCAUUGCGGCCUCAACGAGCACAACCACCACCUCAUCAAUGACUUCACCGUCAAGCAGAUGAGACAAGGGGCCUUCCUGGUGAACACGGCCAGAGGCGGCCUGGUGGACGAGAAGGCCCUGGCCCAGGCCCUAAAGGAGGGCCGGAUCCGUGGUGCAGCCCUGGACGUGCACGAGUCAGAGCCCUUCAGCUUCAGCCAGGGCCCCCUGAAGGACGCACCCAACCUCAUCUGCACCCCCCAUGCCGCAUGGUACAGCGAGCAGGCGUCCAUUGAGAUGCGUGAGGAGGCAGCCCGGGAGAUCCGGAGGGCCAUCACAGGACGGAUCCCAGACAGCCUGAAAAACUGUGUCAACAAGGAUCACCUGACGGCUGCCACCCACUGGGCCAGCAUGGACCCAGCUGUCGUGCACCCUGAGCUCAAUGGGGCUGCCUACAGGUACCCCCCGGGCGUGGUGGGCGUGGCCCCCACUGGCAUCCCAGCCGCCGUGGAAGGCAUUGUCCCCAGCGCCAUGUCCCUGUCCCAUGGCCUGCCCCCUGUGGCCCACCCGCCCCACGCUCCUUCUCCUGGCCAGACUGUCAAGCCCGAGGCGGACAGAGACCAUGCGAGUGACCAGUUGUAGCCGUGAAGAGCUCCCCAGGCUCAGCACCUGGGCAGGGGCCUGCAACCCUUGGACUGGAGUGGGUGGAGGUGGCACCUUGUGGUGGCCACGGCGCUCCAGAGACUGUCCGGCUGUGCGGGGAGGUGGGGCAGCGCCGUCCCCUCGACCCCGAGUCACUGUAGUUGUCCCGUCCUGUGGGCUGGCUGGCUGUCCUGUGUCCUUUGCGUUCCUCGUUAAGCAAAAGAAGUUAGUAGUUAAUUCUAUCAUGAAUGUUCUUGUCUGUGUACAGUUUUUAGAACAUUACAAAGGAUUUGUUUGCUUAGCUGUCAACAAAGAGAAGCCUGAGGGAGCUCUCGGCAAAGGGGCUGAGCUGUGUCCCUUCCCGUCUAGGAGCGUCUGGGAGCGCGGCAGCUGGCAAACUUCUCAGGACAACAAAUCCUUCCCGUGCUUCUUUUUAUGCCACACAGUGCAUUGUUUUUCUACCUGCUUGUCUUAUUUUUAGAAUAAUUUAGAAAAACAAAAGCUGUUUUUCCUAAUUUUGGCAUGAACACCCUUGCUCCAAACGGAGACGGCAUCACAAGGCAGCUCAGAGAGGGGCGAGUAGGUGACACGGGGCGCUGCCAUCAGCGUCUGUCCUGGGGGACGCGGAGGGCGCAGUGUCCCCACCUGCACCGGUGCCGUCCUGCUGAUGUGGUAGGCUAGCGAUAUUUUGGUUAAAUCAUGUUUGUGACUGUAACCAUUUGUAUGAAUUAUUUUAAAGAAAUAAAAAUCCCGAAAGAG